AUGUCUAGUUUAAAAUUGAGUGUCAAGGAUCUUUCAAGAAAAGCGUUACAAGCAUUAAUACAAGAAUGUUCUAAAAAUGAAAAAUUACAAAAUGACACAGAAAUCCAAAUGAUUAUAAAUACAGGGAAAAAAAUGGCAGUUACAAAAGAUUAUGUCCCACGUAUUAUCCCACUAACACAAUGUAAAUUAAACCAUCCUAAGGAUCUUAGAAUUCUUUUGAUUACAAAAGAUCCUUCUAGUAGAUACCGUGAAGCCAUUGAUAAUGAUGAUUCAAUUAAAGAUUUAAUUAAAGAAAUUAUUUCAGUAAAAAAUUUAAAACGUAGAUAUAGAGGUAGCAAACUAAAUAUGUUAUAUAGAGAAUUUGAUUUGGUGGUAGCAGAUUAUAGAGUGCAUCAUCUUUUACCAAAGAUUUUGGGGAGUACAUUUUUUUCUACUACUAAGAAGAUACCGUUUGUUAUUAAAAUGUCCAGGCAUAUCAAAGUUAGAGGGGAGAAGCUGGAUGAAGAAUGUGAUAUUAAAUAUAUCAGAGCACAACUGAAAAGUAUUGCCAAGAAUGCGUAUUAUUUGCCUAAUGAGGAUAACUGUUUAACCAUUCGAAUUGGUGAUAUAAAUAAGCACAGUAUCGAUGAAAUAUUGAACAAUGUUAUAGAUAUUGUUCAAUUUUUAACUGAUUCUACCAAGAAACCACAAGGGGGUAUAAUUAAAGGUAAUAUUGCAAGUAUUUUUGUAAAAACUGCUAAUAGUAUUAGUUUACCUCUGUACAAAGGUGAAAAUGGUAAUAAGAGUUAUAAGCCAAAUUAUGAGGAAGAAUUAAAGAAUUUUAAGCUCUGA